GUUUUUAUCAAAAACCUUUCAUCAAAAGUCAUGGACAUCUUGGAUGACAUGGGGGUGAGUAAAUUAUCAGCAAAAGAAAGUGAAAGAUAAAUGACUCAAAGCUUUUCACUUCCAAAAACAACAACAAUUUGGAUUACACCUGUUAAAAAAAACUGCUGCUCGAUGCCUGUGAAAGUUUCUGUUUGUCUGUUGCCUUCCAGGUACCAGGUGUUUUAUAUAUGUGGUGUUAUCAUCAUCGGGUAGAUAAUAAGGAAAGUAUCUGUUCCUAUGGCCCGCUAUGAAAUGAUAGAUUUGGGGUAUAACUUAAGUCGAGGGGCAUUGCAUGUAGUCUAGCGUAGAGAGGAUAGGCUAACAUAUUCUUCAAGGAGAGCUUCUGUCACUGUCCCACCAAGGGCGACACAGCAAGGCUCUGUCUCCUUCAAUCUUUCGGAGAAAAUCGGGUCUAUCAAAAUGCUUGGAUUUCAAUCUGUUUAAUCAUCCACUGACUUUUUCUCCCUGUCGUCUAUAUUUAGCAACUUCUCCUUGAAGAGAUACCUGUCCUUGCUCUGAUGACUGAGGUCAGGGGUGGUUUGUAAAGGAAGACUCCACAGGGUGUCCAUUUAACGUGCGGGGCGAGCAUACGGCAGGCAGAGCCGGUGAGGAUUCCUGGGAGGUAAGGGCAUGUUUCUUAUGCAGGGCUGGAUCAAGAGUUAAUGCUGUUUGCUGCCCUUCUCUCUCUUUCUUUCCGUUUCCCCUCUCUCAUUUGAUCUCUGUAAUUAUUCGCAUCUCAUGUCGUGUUUUGAAAUGAUUCAGCGAACUGAAUGUGUUAAGGUUGGGGAACUGGUUGUCAAACUGUGCAAUGUGUGUCCGAUGACGAACGCGGGCAAGAUUUUGCGCCAAUGGACAUUUGAUUCAGACUCCUCCAGAUAUCUGUCCCAUACGCCAGCUCUUUGGCCCAACGGAAAACGGACUUGUGGGUUGUUGUUUUUUUUUUGUUUUUUUUAAUGUCGCUGGGGUUUCUUGUUUUGGACUGAAACGCUCUCAACUUUGAGAGAUCCAUACAGGCAGUUUUUUGUCCUCAAUGUGUUGCUGGAUUUUUGACCAAUUUCACGGACACCUUUUCGGGCGACUAUGUGGUGUAGAUGGGUCUCGUAAGAUGUGCGUCAUUCAGGGCCCCGCUAACCUUGAUUUAAGAGUAAAUGGGACAGCUUUUAAGUGAUGACAACUCGCGAAUGGACUCUCAAAGAACUAGAUGUGUGAUUUUUCUUUUGGCAUUAUGUCUGAAAUCAUACUUUUCUGAAACAAUGUCUUUUGUUUUUUCCUCUCACAAGUAUUGAUUUGCCUGAUCCAUGUUUUGUUUUUGUUGUUGUUUUUUGAUCUUUGUAAACCUUUAACUGCUGAAUGUUUCAACUUUCAAGGUUAAAUAUUCAAGGUUUCAUUAAUAAAAGCAACCACAUGGGUUUGCCCGUAUUCCCAGUUUAUGUGUGCAUAUCCUUGACUGCGUAUGUGCAUGAUAUUUUGAGAACAGUGUGUGUGCGACUGCGUGUGUGUGUGUGUGUGUGUGUUAUGAACUGUGUCAGCUGUUAAAAGUCUUCAGUGUUUUGUGCUUCCGCACUCUCUGCUACUAAUGAUUGAUAUAAUUGAUAUUAAUUUUCAGGUGUUAAAACAAAAGUACGUCUCCAUCCUGUACCCCCAACCUGAUGUGACUGUAGGUAAAAAGUCUUUGAAUCCACAAACAAGGGGCAUUAUGUCCAUGAUUCACUUUGCUAAAUGGUAUUGUCUCUGUUCUUUUCCAAAGGCUAGAGAAAAGGGCCAAAUAAGGUAAACUAUUAGAACACAGGUCCAGUGUUUUAUGAUGAUGUCCCCGUACACACGUAGCAUACAAUCAAUGAUCACCUUUUUCUGCCGAAUGACAUGUAAUAGCAGAAUGAUGUUUUUUGUGAUGAGGAAGGUCAUAAAAUGCUGUUUGAGUGUAAUCAUCGCAGUGGUGUGGUGCAAUCGUAUGUUCGUAUCCUCAGUCACGCCUGCUGUGUCCUGUCGCCCCCUUGCUCGUCCUCCCUCUCCCCAGGCGUUUGUGGUGAGGCGGUUACUGGAGUACACGCAGAAGAGCGAACCCGACCUGCCCUACGGCCUGCUGUUGGUGCUGGGCCUCUUGGCCACCGAGCUGAUUCGCUCCUGGUCCCUCGCCCUCACCUGGGGGCUGAACUACCGCACCGGCACCCGUCUGCGCGGAGCCGUCCUGACCAUGGCCUUCCACAAGAUACUGCGUCUGCGCAGCCUCCGGGAGAAGAGCAUGGGACAGUUGAUCAAUAUGUGCUCGAGUGACGGGCAGCGCAUGUAUGAAGCCGCCGUGGUGGGCAGCCUGUUGGCUGGAGGCCCCCUGGUGGCCGUGCUGGGAAUGGGAUACAACUUGUCUGUGUUGGGGCCGACUUCUCUGCUGGGGUCUGCCGUUUUCAUCCUCUUCUACCCGACCAUGAUGUUCAGCUCCAGGCUGACGGCAUACUUCAGGAGGAAGGGUGUCGCCGUGACCGACCAGCGUGUUCAAAAGAUGAAUGAGAUUCUGAACUACAUCAAGUUCAUUAAGAUGUACGCCUGGGUUAAGGCGUUCUCACAAGCUGUACGAAGAAUUAGAGAGGAGGAGCGUCAGAUCUUGGAAAAAACAGGAUAUUUUCAGAGCAUCACAGUUGGCGUGGCACCUAUCGUCGUUGUGAUUGCCAGUGUGGCGACGUUCUCCACCCACAUGUUGCUAGGCUAUGACCUUACCGCUGCACAGGCAUUUACUGUCGUCACUGUUUUCAAUUCCAUGACCUUUGCACUGAAGGUCACCCCAUUUUCUGUCAAAUCUCUCUCGGAGGCAUCUGUCGCCAUUGAUAGGUUCAAGAGUUUGCUCCUGAUGGCCGAGGUCAAGAUGAUCCGUGAGCAGCCAAGCAAUCCCUCCGUUGCAGUAGAGAUGACUGGUGCCAGCUUGGCUUGGGAAACGGGGGGUCACAGCGCCCAGCCUUCACCCCGUGGUACACCCUAUAUAGGCCUCGGAAUGAGAGGGUGUCGCAAGAAGCGUCGUCAGCGGGAUGACCCGAAACAUCAUGUGAUUUUGGAAGAGGAAACGCAUGGCCAGCUGUUGCAUGAUGUGUCUGGAGACAUGGCGUCCAGUCCUGAAGAUCACACCCUUCAAGUGCCGACCAUCAGCCAACGGCUGCAAAGAACUCUUCACUGCAUCGAUCUCACUAUACAAAAGGGGAAGCUGGUCGGUGUGUGUGGCAGUGUGGGAAGUGGCAAAACAUCUCUCAUCUCUGCCAUUCUUGGCCAGAUGACUCUUUUAGAGGGGACUGUUGCUGUAGAUGGAGAUUUCGCGUAUGUGGCACAACAAGCCUGGAUUCUCAAUGCAUCCUUUCGUGACAAUAUCCUGUUUGGCAAGGAAAUGGAGGAAGAGAGGUAUCAGGCUGUACUGAGUGCCUGCUGCUUGAGACCAGACUUGGCCAUCCUCCCUCUUUCUGACCUGACUGAGAUUGGUGAACGUGGCGCCAACCUGAGCGGUGGUCAGCGUCAGCGGGUGAGCCUGGCGCGGGCUUUAUACAGCAACCGGGACAUUUAUAUUCUCGAUGACCCUUUAAGUGCUCUGGAUGCUCAUGUCGGAAAUCACAUCUUUAACAACGCCAUUAAGAAGCAGCUGCGGGGCAAGACCGUCAUCUUUGUCACUCACCAGCUACAGUAUCUGGUGGACUGUGAUGACGUGAUCGUCGUGCGGGACGGCAGCAUCACUGAGCAAGGCAGCCAUGAGGACCUGAUGAAUGUGAAUGGAGACUACGCCGCCAUGUUUAACACCCUUCAACUGGGAGAAACACACAUCAUUGAGGUUCCGAAUAAGAAAUCUGGGAGUUCCCUGAAGAAACCCUUAGAGAGCAAAAAAGCAGGAUCUGUCAAAAAAGAGAAAACAGUCAAUCAGGAUGAUGGUCAGCUGAUGCAGGUGGAAGAGAGAGGGAAAGGCUCAGUGCCCUGUGAAGUGUACAAAGUGUACAUCCAGGCUUUAGGAGGGUGGCUCGUCUUCCUCUUCAUCCUGGCCCUCUUUAUUGUCAAUGUGGGCAGCAUAGCCUUCAGCAACUGGUGGCUCAGCUACUGGAUCAAACAGGGCAGCGGGAACACCACAGUGCAGGUGGGGAACAGUUCAGUAGUGAGCGAGAGUAUGCGAGAUAACCCUCUGAUGCACCACUACGCUGGUGUCUACACCAUGUCUAUGGGAAUCAUGCUCCUUCUCAAAAUACUGAGAGGCACCGUGUUUGUCAAGGGUACUCUGCGUGCCUCCUCAAAGCUCCACGACGAACUUUUCCAGAAGAUUCUUCGUAGUCCCAUGAAGUUUUUUGACACGACGCCCACGGCUCGCAUCCUCAACAGAUUCUCCAAAGACAUGGAUGAAGUGGACACCCGUCUGCCGUUCCAGGCUGAGAUGUUCAUUCAGAACGUGAUUCUGGUGAUCUUCUGCCUGGGUGUGAUUGGCAGCGUGUUCCCUUGGUUCCUGGUGGCAGUAGGGCCGCUGGUCAUCCUCUUUACAGUGCUGCACGUGGUUUCACGAGUCUUCAUUCGAGAACUCAAACGAUUAGACAACAUCACACAGUCACCUUUCCUGUCCCACGUUGCCUCCAGCAUUCAGGGCUUGACCACCGUGCAUGCUUAUGGAAAAGAGGACGAAUUCCUUCAAAGGUAUCAGGAGCUGCUGGAUCAGAACCAGGCUCCUUUCUAUCUGUUCAGCUGUGCCAUGCGCUGGCUGGCAGUGCGUCUGGAUGUGAUCAGCGUGGCUCUCAUUAGCAUAACGGCUUUGAUGAUUGUCCUCAUGCACGGCCAGAUCCCUCCUGCAUACGCAGGCCUGGCCAUUUCCUAUGCUGUACAGCUUACAGGAUUAUUCCAGUUUACUGUUCGCUUGGCCUCUGAGACCGAAGCGCGGUUCACCUCAGUAGAGAGAAUCCAUCAUUACAUCAAGUCUCUGUCUCUGGAGGCCCCUGCCAGGGUGAAAAACAAGGCUCCUCCAUCUGACUGGCCCCAGUGGGGCGAGAUAGUGUUUGAUGGGACAGAGAUGAGGUACAGAGACAACCUCCCAUUAAUACUGAAGAAAGUUUCCUGCACCAUUCGACCGAAAGAGAAGAUCGGAAUCGUUGGACGAACCGGCUCAGGGAAGUCUUCUCUAGGAGUGGUUCUCUACCGGCUGGUAGAACCGUGUGGCGGCUCCAUUAAGAUUGAUGGUGUCAACAUUUGCGACAUUGGCCUUGCAGAUUUGCGCAGCAAGCUGUCAAUCAUUCCACAGGAGCCAGUGCUUUUCAGUGGUACUGUCAGAUCCAACUUGGAUCCGUUUAAGCUGUAUUCAGAGGAGCAAAUCUGGGAUGCCCUGGAGAGGACACACAUGAAAGAAUGUGUGUCUCAGCUGCCUUUAAAGCUGGAGUCUGAGGUGGUGGAAAACGGGGAGAAUUUCUCGGUGGGCGAGAGGCAGCUGCUGUGUGUGGCUCGAGUUCUUCUGAGACAGUCCAAGAUCUUGAUCCUGGACGAGGCCACAGCGGCCAUGGACACAGAGACCGACUGUUUGAUUCAAGAGACGAUUCGUAAUGCAUUCGAGGACUGCACCACUCUGACCAUUGCACACAGAGUUCACACAGUGCUCAACUGUGACCGUAUUAUGGUGCUCAAUCAGGGACAGGUGGUGGAAUUCGACGAGCCGUCCAAGCUCUUGGCGAAUGAAAACUCUCGCUUCUGUGCAAUGCUGGCAGCGGUGGAGAACAAAAUCUCUGUAAGAGGCUAAAGGACAGCCGAGCCAAGGUUUCACUCCCGAGGACUGAAGGGAACAUUCUCCAUUAAUAUUCCAGUCAUUGCUGCUUCAAUGUUACUCCCUCCUGCAAACCUAUAGGGACCUGGGGAGGGAGAUUAUUGUAUUUCCAUGAAACUCAUGGGCUGUCAUUAGGGGCAUGCCUGUUAAGAUGUACUACUCGUCAGUUUAAAUGGUUAGGUCAAGAAACACUGAUACUGUAAUGAUAUUUACAUAAUGGAGAGGGGAAAUCAGUUUUCAUGUAGUUUAAUUCAUGCAAACUGGUGUGUUUACAGAGGACAUAUCUCUGUUUAUGAGUAUAUAUAUAUAUACAUUUACAAGGUGGUUGCAGAGUCCUUUUGUGUUGAUUCUGCAGGUCUUUGUACAUUUAUGUAAUAUAUAUAUACAUAUAUACAUUCAGAUGUAUCAUCUUUCAUUACAGUUUAAUAUUUUUGACAACUUGACUGUCUUCAGUACAUGUGUAAAUGUUGUCUUGUGACUUGAACCCUAAACUUUGGCACAGGAGAUGUUGUGCACAGGACGCUGUACGAGCACUGGGUCGUGGGACUCUUCUAAGAGACACAGUGCUGCUUAUUCACUGUAUCCUUGUUCGGCACACCAAGGAUUCAGUCUUCUUUAGCUAAGAGGCCUUUGUAUAUUUUUAGCCUAUUUACACUGUUAACAUUUUUGCCGGUCCCUUUUACUUUUCCUCUUAUGUAUGAAAGCAUUUCUCAUUUUGGCUUGCUUCCACAGAAGAGUUCGCCUCAGUAGGAGGUCUCUGAAUUGGUCCCAAAAAAGAUUCUCAACGGGCUUUUUGUUUUCAUGUGUGUUACGUUGUCCAUCACAACACUGGUGCAAAGAGAUCACGCUGAAUGGACCUCCCGAAUCAGGUUGUGAUGCUCAUUUGCGGUCUGUAUGAAGGGGAAUCUGAUUUUGUAGACCCUCAUUCCCUCUUCAGACCCUGCGAAAAUGUCAGUGUCAUUUCAAUUUCUUUCCAUAGCCUUAGCAUGAUUUCUUUAUUGCCUUGUGAAAAGGGUGGAAAGAGAGCAGGAGACUCUCCGCUGUCUCAAUAAAUUUAUUUUAGGUUUACCCUU